AUGGAGUCCGUCUCCUUGGAGCGGCUGUUGUCGACAUGGCACAAAUUCAGCGACUAUGCGACUGACAAGCUCGACAUCACGACAACAACCCUCCAAAUAGGAUGUGCCAUCAUCGCCGUCCUCUUUUCCAUCUUCCUUACCCGCCUCUCGGCACACGCCUACGCCAAUUCAACCCCCCGACCUCGUCGAUACACAGUCCCUCCACCAAAGUACCCCGAAACCAACACACCCGUCGACCAGACCAGCGUCAAAAUCCCCGGAUCCUCCGCCAUCCAGUGCUACGCCCCUGCCACAGGCCAAUUCCUCGGCCUCGUCAACCCCUCUACCCCCGAUGGAAUCGACCGCGCCAUCGCUGCCGCUGCAACGGCCCAAAAGGAAUGGAGCAGAACCUCCUUUCGCGAGCGUAGAGCCGUUCUCCGCUCCCUCCUGCAAUACGUGAUGGAUAAUGCGGAGGGGAUUUGCAGAAUCGCAGGUCUGGACAGCGGCAAGACAAUGGUCGAUGCGCAACUCGGUGAGAUUCUGGUCACGGUUGAAAAGAUCCAGUGGACGCUGCUGCAUGGUGAGAAGGCGCUGCGGCCGUCGAGACGUCCUACCAACUUGUUGAUGUCGUAUAAGCGGAAUACUGUCCACUACGAGCCAUUGGGCGUGAUUGCGGCCCUCGUCUCUUGGAACUACCCGUUCCACAAUAUGAUAGGCCCCAUUAUCAGCGCCUUGUUCACUGGUAAUGCUAUUGUCGUCAAGGUUUCCGAGCAGACGGCCUGGUCGAGCGGGCAUUUUGCCAGCAUUGCCCGCGGCGCACUCAUAGCUCAUGGCCAUGAUCCGAAUCUCAUCCAGACGGUUGCCUGCUGGCCCCAAACAGCAGGACACUUGACAUCUCACCCCGGAAUCAGCCACAUCACCUUCAUCGGCUCCCAGUCUGUAGCGCACCAUGUCGCCGCGAGCGCGGCGAAGAGCCUCACGCCAGUUGUGGCAGAACUCGGCGGCAAGGAUCCCUUCAUCGUGCUCGACUCUGCGGCCAAGGACCUCGCCCGCAUAGCAGAGGUUGUUUUGAGAGGGACGUUCCAGGCUGCCGGCCAGAAUUGCAUUGGCAUCGAGCGAGUCAUAGCAUCAGGCGCCUACGACAAGCUCGUUCAAAUAUUCGAGCCCCGCGUAAAAACCCUCCGCCUAGGUCCAGACGCAGAUGUCGGCGCCAUGAUUUCCGACGCCUCCUUCGAUCGACUAGAGGAACUUAUUGCCGAAGCUGUCUCGCAGGGUGCUCGCCUCCUCGCCGGCGGCAAGCGAUACAACCACCCUGAUUACCCAAUGGGACAUUACUUCCAGCCCACUCUCCUCGUGGACGUGACUCCCGAAAUGCGUAUCGCCCAGAACGAAUGCUUCGCCCCCGUCUUGACCAUGUUGCGAGCAAAGUCCUCUUCCGCAGAGGACAUGCUCGCCAUUGCGAACGCACCCAAUUUCGGUCUCGGCGCCUCUGUCCACGGCUCUGAGCGUGAUCCCGCCAUGGGACCUAUAGUUCGUGGCCUCAAAGCCGGUAUGGUUGCGGUCAAUGAUUUCGCCGCUUACUAUGCUGUGCAACUCCCCUUUGGAGGUGUUGCUGGCUCAGGGUACGGCCGGUUUGCAGGUGAAGAAGGUCUCAGAGGUCUAUGUAACAUCAAGAGUGUCUGUGAGGACCGUUUUGGAUGGAUGGGUAUUCGGACGGGGAUUCCUCCACCUGUACAGUAUCCUGUCCCCAGUCAAGCAAAGGGCUGGAAAUUUACCCAAGGUGUUGUCGAGGUUGGCUAUGGAGAGGGACCAAGAAAAGUCAAGGGCUUGGGUAAGAUACUGGGAAAUAUGUAA